AUGGCUGUUCCCAACGAUGUGACCCUCAAGACCUUUUCCGGCAAGUACUGGAUGAACAAGUCUCUGUCCGGAAACACGGAGUCGGUCCUCUCCCUCCAGGGAAUCGGAUUCCUCACACGCAAGGCCAUCGGCCUAGCCUCGGUCCAGCUUGACAUAAACGUGUACGAGGCCCCUCCCUCGCCGCCGAACACGUCGACCGACGUCGUGACCCACGUCGACAUCGUCCAGACGGCCUCGGGCCUCAGCAGCACCCACGAGAACCGCACGCUCGACGACACGUUCCGCGAGCACAGCGACUGGAUCUUCGGCACCGUCAGCGGAAAGUCCACCUGGGUCAAGCUGGAAGACAUCGAGGACGACUUCCUCAGGGAGGGCUGGGAGGACGGCACGACCGACCUCAUCCAGAGCUACGUCGAGAGCAAGGACAACGGCUGGAUCGCCACACAGAUCUGGGGGUUCCAGAUCAUCGACGGGGAGAGGAGAUAUUCCCGCAACGUACUCGUCACGAAGGAUGACCAGAGGGUUGCCAUCAAGCUCAUCUACGACUACGAGGCUUAG